UUGGCGCGAGUCUUGUUCGUGUUGUCAGAUGUGAAACACAGCUGCUCAACAUUAUUUUAUAUAAAUGAAAACGUUUUUUACUUCACUCACCGGUGGUUAUUGAACCCGAAAUCUGAAGCACACCAAUAUAUGAACGUCUUGUUGUGGUUUUCUGUUUUCUUCCUCCCGUGUUGAUUCCGCAGCUAACCGAGCAGCUGCCGCUACCGCUGAACUGCGUUGAAUCCCUGCACCUGAAAGUUGGCUGAUGCUGCUUGAAUGAAUUCAGGAUGAACUGUGAACUCCUGGCAACGUGCAGUGCUCUUGGUUAUCUGGAGGGAGAUGCCUAUCACAAGGAGGCUGACUGCUUGGAGAGUGUGAAAGACUUGAUCCGGUUUUUACGUCAUGAAGACGACACCCGGGAUGUCCGCCAGCAGCUGGGUGAAAGCCAGAUUGUCCAGAAUGACCUCCUGCCCAUUAUCAUUCAGCACAGAGAAGACAAAGCCUUAUUUGAUGCCUGCAUCAGGCUCAUGGUCAACCUCACUCAGCCCUCCAUGCUCUGUUUUGGAAAAGUCCCAGAUGACCCAGUGUUUAGGCAUCACUUCAUGGAAGUGACAUCUCAUUUACAAGCUUAUAAAGAGGCAUUCGCCAGCGAGAAGGUUUUUGGCAUUUUCAGUGAAACAUUGUACAACCUUCUACAACUUGACUGGGAGCAGAGACAGGAAGAAGACAACCUUCUGAUAGAGAGGAUUUUAUUGCUGGUCAGGAAUGUGCUUCAUGUACCUGCAGACCCCUGUGAAGAGAAGAAGGUGGAUGACGAUGCCAGUGUCCACGACCGAGUGCUCUGGGCCGUCCACAUGAGUGGUUUUGAUGACCUGGUCAAGUUCCUCGCGUCGGCCCAGAGUGAGCAGCAGUGGAGUAUGCACGUGUUGGAGAUAAUAUCCCUCAUGUUCAGAGACCAGACACCAGAAGCUUUGGUGAGCGCCGGGCAUGCUCGUUCAGCAGAAGAGAAGCAGAGAGACUCUCAGGAACUGGAGACACUGAGACAGAAGGAGCUCGCAGAGAAACGCUCUCGCACAUUACAAAGAGGAACCAGACACUCUCGCUUUGGUGGGUCUUAUGUAGUUCAAGGCCUCAAGGCAAUCGGGGACAAAGAUGUGAUCUAUCACAGAAAUAUCAACAACUUCAAAAAUUACACUCACGACGUCGGGAAAGCAGUGAGACGCGUCCCAAAAAGGAAUCGACAUGCUCAGGAAAGCAAGGACGAAAGGCGCUCUGCCUUAAACGUUCGACUGUUCCUGCGUGAGUUUUGCCUGGAUUUCCUGGAGAGCUGCUACAAUCGACUCAUGUACCUUGUUAAGGAAAGUCUGGUUCGAGAGCAGACGCAACAGCAUGAUGAAACCUAUUACCUGUGGGCACUCAGCUUUUUCAUGGCUUUCAACCGUGGCAACGGUUUCCGUGCUGACUUGGUUUCAGAGACCAUGUCUAUUCGUGCUUUUCAUUUUAUUGAACGCAACAUCACCAACUACUAUGAGAUGCUGCUGACCGAUCGUAAAGAGGCCACAUCCUGGUCUAGCAGGAUGCACUUGGCACUAAAAGCAUAUCAGGAACUUUUGCUAACUGUGAAUGAGAUGGACCGCUCUCCUGACGAAACCAUCCGUCAGAGCUCCAAUGUCAUCAAAAGCAACAUAUUCUACAUGAUGGAGUACAGGGAGAUUUUCCCGACGUUGUUGAGAAAGUAUGACGAGACCAAGCAGCCUCAGUCAUAUCUCAAAGACCUGGUGGAGUCAACACAUCUCUUCUUACGCAUGUUAGAACGCUUCUGCAAAGGUCGGAGAAAUUUGAUGGUGCAGAAGAAGAAAUCGAGGCGGAAGAAGUCUAAUAAAAAGCAGCAGUUGACUCCAGACACUAGUCCAGAAGCUCUGGCGGAGACCUGGAAGAUUGUGGAGGAAGAACUGAGGGCGACAGGGUUCCAGUUGUCGGAGUCUUUAAAGGAAAGCAGUGUGCCUUUUGAUGCCACGUCUGAGACUCCUCCCGAGGAGCAGCGUACAGAGGCGAUGGUGCGUGUGCAGGAUGCUCUGCUGGCUCGACUGGGACCUGAAGCUCUGGGGCUGCUGCGUGCUGCCAGGGAGGUGUGGCCGGAUGGAGACGUGUUUGGUUCAGCUGAUGUGGAACUCGAGGAGGAACUUGAACUCCUCAAGCAAAUCCUCAACGCCAACCUGCCAAGAUCGGCUCCUGAGACUGUGGUAGAAGAGGAGGAUGAGGGAGAGUUAGAAGAAGAGGAGAUGGAGCCAGUCCGGAUCUCUGAAACGGAGUUCAAGUUUGUAGACUUUAUCAAGAGGUUUGCCAACCCCAACAUUGUGCGGCCAUACCUUCUCCUAUUAAAAACGUUUUCAAAAAACACACCCCACACAAACCACUGCAUUGUACGAAUGCUGCACCGCUUGGCUGUUGACCUCAAAAUGGACGCCCUGCUUUUCCAGUUGUCAGUCUUUCACCUUUUCAACAAAAUCCUCAGUGACCCCGCUGCAGCUGCUUACAAGGAACUUGUGACCUUUGCCAAGUAUGUGCUGAACAGUUUCUUUUCAGUAGCAGCACAGAACAACAAGGCAUAUGUUGAAUUGCUGUUCUGGAAGAAUGUGGGUGCUGUACGUGAGAUGACAGAAGGAUAUGGCAAAGAUGGAGAGGACAAGAAGCCCACAUGGACUGAAGAGGAGGAAGAGGAGUUGCGUAACCUCUACAUGCAGCAUCUGGAUUCUGAAGUUCCAGACAUCGCGGAGACGCUGCUGUCAUUACUCAGCAACAGCAACCGCACUCGGCGGCAAGUCGUGACACAGCUGGUGCAUAUGGGUCUUGUGGACAACGCUAAAGAACUGAAGAAACAAAAGAAAGGUACUCGGAUUGUUCUGUGGACAGAAGAGCAGGCGCAAGAGCUGCAGAUGCUCUUUGAAGAAUACAAAGACUCUGAUGAUGUGCUGGGUAACAUCCUGAAGAAGAUCACAGCGAAGCGAUCCCGUGCACGUGUUGUGGACAAGCUGCUCAGUAUGGGUUUGGUGUCGGAGAGAAGAGAACUUUAUAAAAAGAGACGCCGCGGUGCUCAAGGAAAGAGCUCUGGACGGGCAAUGACCGAAGAGGAGUUCUUGGCUGACCUAACGCAAGGCCUCCCAGAUGAUUCUGUGGAUGGAGAUGAUGGAGAUGACAGAGAGGAUGAGUCUGAAUCUGAAGAAAGUGGGGAAGAUGAAGAGGAGGAUGGAGAAAAGACACCAAAUGGUGGACAAAGCAGUCAGAUGUCUCACCUCACGGUGGAGAGGAGAGCAGGCGUAGGCAGCAUGGUGUCUGCUCUGCAGCAGCAAGGUGUGUCUGGACCUUUGUUGUGGCUGCAGAACAGUUUGAACAGAACAGCAAAUGAUCGAGACAAAGAUGGUCUGUCCCAGCCGGUCCCACUCGUCCCUCUGACUGAGGAAAAUGAAGAUGCAAUGGAAAACAAGAGCUUUCAGAAGUUGUUGCGUAAAUUGGGAAUGCGACCACCUGCAAAUGAACAAGAGUCCUUCUGGAGGAUCCCCUCAAAGAUCAGUCCAUCUGAGCUACGGAGUGCAGCUGCAGCUCUAACUCCAGGAGAGGACAAAACUGAUGAUUGUGAGGACCAAGCAGGACCCCGGGGCCAAGCAGAAGAGCCCCAUGAGGAGGAGGAAGAGGUCUCGGGUGAUCAGAAAGCUCAGGCGCUGAGAGCUCUGCUGCUCGCACGCAAGAGGAAAUGCCGCACCACUAAUGACACGGUUCGUGUGUCAGAUUUAACUUCUGCUGACGACUCAGACACUGUAACUGAGAGCAGAUCUCAGGAGCAGAAGACCUCAACUAAAAGGAGCAGAAGCAGACUUCUUGAUGAUGAUGACGAUGAUGAUGAUGAGGAUGAGAAAAAGGAGGAGGAUGAGUCCACUAAUGCAAUGGAUGUAGAUGCAAAUGGUGACGCAGACUCAGACGGAGAGGAUAUAUCUGCUCCUGUGAAACGAAGGAGGAAGAUGGUCCUAAUUGAUGAAGAUGAAGAGGAGGAUUAGUGGCAGUUUUUAAUGGACUACAAGGACUGCUCGGAGGGAAAUGCAGCCCUCUGGAGAUCUGUAGUCCACACAGAAGACCGAUUAACAGAAUACGAAGUAAAGCAACAGGACCUUUGUUGUUAUUACAUAAAUCCCAUAUACACUUUGUUUUCUCUUUGGUAGGCAGUUUAUUUUUGGCAUUUGCUGGAAAUAUUCAUCUUCUAUUUUGGUAGUUUUUAUCUCUUUAGUGUUCCCAAAUUCAACCUAUCAGAAAAAGUAUUGUGUCAUAAGACUUAACGUUUCAAUACAGUUGUUUCAUUUUUGGAUUGAAAAUAAAAUA